UUCAGAAGAUAGGAACAUAUAUUUCUUACUUCUGCCAAAAAUAUAGACAAUCAAUCACGUUAAAUAAAGUAUAAAAAAAACAAGAUGUCAAAUUCCUCUGCCCGCUUCACUAUUAUUUAUGUUUUGUUAGAUAUAUAUAUUAUUUUUUUGCAUAUUCAUUCAGCACGUAUUCACGUCGUUCUCAAUUCCGGUCUUCGCCUGCAGGCCCGUUUCCUCCCGGUUUCCUUGGCUUGUCCUCUCUCCGUCUCCGUCUCAAUCCUCACCACAGCUCUUAAACGAGCGGCAGCCACCACACCACCAGACACUUCUCCAAGUCCGAAAAGCCAAUCAGAGGCCCACCGAAAUGGAGCUGAAGAAGUCUCCCGCGUCGUCGUCGCCGCCGCCGCCUCCGACGGGCUUUCGGUCAGACAGCGCGGCCGCCAGCCCGUACGUCACGGCGCCGUCCAGCCCACGCGGGCGCCUGGUCCCCUCCGAGGGAGCGGCGGGGGCCCUAUUCCUGACGGCGCCGCCGUCGCCUAGUCCGUUCGGCCUCCUGCCGCCGGCCACCCCGACGCGCCUCACCGGCGCCGACCCGUUCGACCUCUUCCAGCACUUCACCAGUGCGCCAGCCAGCCCCCGGCGCGCCGCGGCCAUAUACGCGCACGUCGCCGAGGGGAGCGGCAGCGACGACCAGGAGUUUCAGCCGCGCCGCCGGCUGUACGCCGCCACAGGCGGAUCGUCCGUGCCGUUCGACUGGGAGGAGAGGCCUGGGACGCCGAAGAGGGGGCUCGGCGGGGGCGUGCCCGCCGCGGACGUGGCGGCAUGGGACACGGGAUUCGAGUUCGGCACGCGAGUCGGCAACGCCGCGCCGGCGGAGACGCUUACGGCGGCCGACGAGCUCUUUGAGAAGGGCAAGAUCAGGCCUUUGAAGCCGAGGCCCAAGAAGACGGCCGACGACGAGCCCAAGAUUCGUCCGUUGAAGCCGCCGCCCAGUGGCGGUCCUAACAUUUCACGGGCCCAGGACAAGAUCACAUCACUAGAAUUGGGCCCUACGAAUUCGGGGGCCCGGGGCGACCGCCCCUCUGCCCCACCCUCAGGGCCACCACUGCCGCCGCCGGGGCUGCUCGACGGCGGGAGCGUCACGCCGUCGCCGCGGUCGCCGGUCGUGGCCAGAGGCGCAGGCGCCACGUGGUCGCCGCGGCGGAGGAGCAGGGUCGGCUCCGGCGUCGACUUCGACCCGUUCACCGCCGCGCUCCUAGAGGCAACCAAGGCGCCAUCGCCGCUCGGCGGCAAGGACGACGAGGGCGGUGUUGCUGUUGCCCCCCAUGGCUCGCCGCCCACGAGACCAGCCACGCGUCCCGCGUCGAGGAGCGCCGGGUGGAGACGGUGGCGGCUCAGCGAUCUCCUCCUGUUCCGGAGCUCGUCCGACGGCGGCCGCGUCAACAGCUCGACGUGCCCGUCAAGAGGGCGAGCGCAGCAGCCGCCGGCGGUGACGAUCAAAGCCAGCGCCACAAAGCGCGAGGACAUGGGCAAGGGCUGGAAACACGGCGAUGGGGACGCGGCCGCGGCGGCGGACAGCGUCGCCGGGUGCGCCCGGUUGAGCCCGCUGCAGCGGCUGGCCAAAGGGCUCGGCGCCUACUCGUGGCAUAAUCACCGCGGCAUGGCCGCGCCGGCGACCAAAGGGUGAAGAAUCAUAGCGUUAUUUUGCCGUAUUUCUUUGCCCGGUUAUUGUUCAUAUAUAAUCAUAUAUACUACAAGACGUGUCUUCUUUUUGCAUAGUGUGAAAACAUGUUCGAGUGCAAUUUGCAACCAAUAGUGCUCUUGGUGUUGGUUUCUCACGUUGUGGACCUUGACUACAUUAUCGUCGUGUACUGUUUGCACAAGUAGCAAAUGUGGCGGUGAGGUCGUGGGUGCAUCAAAUUCAGUAUAUUGAAACUCUGUAUUAUUAUUCAACAAGUGUUAUUAUAACUUAUAGCAG